UAGUAACUAGUAUGAAGAGGGAUAGUGCAUUUAGCCAGAACCGCAUCUUGCUACUUCUGCUUUUCCUCUAGCUCUGUGCGGUGUGCGUGCGUGCAAUUAUUUUGGAUUUCAAGACAGCAGCUUAAGCUUGCCAGAAUAUUAAGUUUUACUCACGGAGAACAUACUGUCGCAAUCAUACUAUUACUGCAGUAGAUUUCUGUGUAUAUACUGCAGUAGAUCUACGUUCUCUCUGAAAUCUCUUGCAGCCAUGUCCUACCAACCUUUACAACAGGAUGCUCGAGACUCUCACUUGAAUCCUCCGGUCAAUUACGCCAGCGCGGGAGUCACCACGACUGCGAAGACACAUACGGACACCGUAUUGCCGCAUACGCGGCUGAGGCCGUCAGGCUGCGCGAGUGGCACCCUAGCUGGCUUUGCCAUCGUGUCCAUCGUUCUCAGCUUCAUCGCAAUCGUCCUGAACGCCAUUCCAGUCGGCAAAGGAAUAGCGGUGUACCUGCUCGACGACGAGAGCGAGGUUCUGUGGAAGGAUUAUCUCUCCGUUUCGGGCAUCUGGUUAGGAGCGGUGGAGGUGGCAGCAGCAGUGUGCGCCCUGGUAUACGGGUGUCAGGCGGCAAAAGCCGGCCAUACCAUCAAGCGGAAAUGCUUUUCGCCAGCAUUCUGUUCGGGCUGGUUCCUGGCCGUGGUGUUUGUAGGGAUGGCUGUGAUGGCUAGCGCCGCGUGGGCAGUUGCUACCAUCACUUUGACGGACACCGUCUGGAUCUAUGCCGACGAUACGUGUUUGUCCUCUGACAACACCUGCACUUGUCCACGAUCACGAAUUCGAUAUGAGAAUGCGGACUGUGACUUUGCCAGGCAGACCCUACCCAACAUUUACCUGGCUGUGGCAGCCAUAUGCGGUCUGCUCGUGAUCAUUAACUUUGUGAUAUCAUCCCUGUUCUGCGGUGCUCUCUGCUGCUGUUCAACCUCUAUCUUUGUCGCGCCAGAAGACCAUUCGCAGGCAUCUGUGACAGUUGUGAAAACUGUACCAACAGCCGGCAUCCUGGGACCCAGAGCUGCACCUGUAACUGCGUACGCAUACGACCCAGCAGGCUCCAAUCCGCCGCGAUACUCCACGGAAAAGGGUCCUAUCCCGGCCAAUCCCGUCUGAUGACAAGAAAACAUACUGAUGGACGUGCAGUCCACCACAUCCUGGUGUCUUUCUACCUUGCCACAAGCACAACCAGCUGUUCUAUACUUCACCACAUAUCAGUGCCUAUCUACACUUCACCAUAAUAUCCGAGUGCCUAUCUACCUUAGAACAAAGUCAAUGCAGUAUUCUGUCCUCCACACUCUGCAGUGUCUACUGUACCAUUCCGCUAUUCUUUAGCAUCUGAAUGUUCUUUUCUCACUCACACGUCAGUACUGCACACAUACUCACACACACACUCUCUCUCUCUCUCACAUACACACACACACACACUCACACACACUCAUCACAGAAUAACAACUGCGGGGGGACAGCCACAGCAAGGCUGGUUGCACUCUUGUGUCCAGAACACAGACAGAAAAACGUCCAGCGAAAACAACACCUCAUAGAGUGACAGCAUUGUGCGAGGUGAAUCAUACAGAAAAGCACAGCAAUCGACAGAGCAUCCGCACAUUCCACACCUCGCACAACUUAUAACCUGUAUUGUAGCAGCAAUAUUGAGAAAUCUAUCAGAGAGAGAGA